AUGUUCGGUCCUUGGUUAGUCAUGUUCGCAUGGGUGAAGAAGCGCACGCCAUCCAGUCUGAAAGCCCUCAUACCGCAUGCCAACUUUAUCACACUUCACUAUGCGUACAUCGUCUCAUGGGCGCUGAUUGGAUCCGUCAUCAUAUAUGGCGGUGGUCGCAUACCAUACGUCGAUGCGCUUUUCUUUGCCAGCGGCGCAGCAACGCAAAGUGGUCUGAACACAAUUGAUAUCAACUUGCUAGACUUGUAUCAACAGAUAACCAUCUACAUCAUCACCAGCUUAUGCACACCCAUCUUUAUCCACAGCUCCGUCGUUGUCGUUCGCCUCUAUUGGUUCGAAAAGCGCUUCCAGAAUAUUGUACUCGAGAGAGGAAACCGGAGCGGCCGGACUCGCACGCUCUCUAGGAGGAAGAGUGAGAUGAAAGCUGUGACGGAUCGGAAUGUCGGACAAGAAGAGCAAGCGGUCGGUGCGCGGGAGAUCAGAGUUAUGCGUGGCUCUAGUGGCCAUGCACACGGUGGAACGAUCGCAAACGAAUUCGCCUUCAGUGACGGACUGGACUGGACUGGUAACGGCAUAAAUCCUCGGAGAUCUAGUUCCAGCGAGGAUGAGAUGCCACCAUUUCGACCCACGACUCCUAUACAAAACGCCCCCACCGGCAUCGUAUGGGCGGACAAUCUUAGCACGCCCACUGACAAGAAACCCACGGAGUCGCUCGAAGAAUCUCCCGGCGGCCGCCUUCCGCAAUCCAACAAAGAGAGGAGUAUUGCUUUUGUAGAAGCACAGCGUAACCCAACAGCGAGGAACAAGUUGCGCAUCCCAGGUCCUCGCGAUUUCGACCAGGGUCUCAUCCCAGAGGCAAUCAAAGGAGAAGAGCUGGAUAGAGUUGCGAGUAGGCUGUCACAUGAAUCCCAUCCAAAACGCGAACGCUCAAAUUCUGUUCCUCAUGCGUUGAACGGAGACGAUCGGCCGCUGAGGAAUCACAUUACCAUAGACGUACCGGACCGACAGGCACGUCCUACCGGGCACUCCGUUUAUGAUAGAACCAGGACAAAUGAUGGUGAUGCAAAUGCGCCUGCGCCGAGCAUGCAUCUGCGUAACAGGUCGCGGUCAAGAACUCUCACAAGCUUCCUUACUAGGAACAAGGACGAAGAAGAAGAAGAAGAUCCGAUGCCCUACCUCAGCUGGACCCCAACUCUCGGACGUAACUCGAACUUCGUGGAUCUGACUGAAGAGCAAAGAGAAGAACUCGGUGGUAUCGAAUAUCGUGCAUUAAAACUCCUCGCCAUGAUUCUUAUCAUCUUCUAUCUUGGCUGGCACACCAUCGGCGUUAUUUGCCUGGCACCAUGGAUCAACCAUGAUUCUCACUACAGCAACGUGGUCAGAGAAGUUGGUAUCGACCCGACCUGGUGGGGUUUCUUCACUUCAGCCUCCCUAUUCAACGACCUGGGGUUCACUCUUACUCCAGACUCGAUGGUCUCUUUUCAGCUAGCUGUGUGGCCCCUCGUGCUGGGUACCUUCCUCAUUAUCAUCGGCAAUACUGGCUUCCCCUGUAUGCUUCGAUUUACCAUCUGGCUGUACUCCAAGAUGGUGCCCAAGAGCAGUGCCAUCUGGGAGGAACUUCGCUUUCUGCUAGAUCACCCACGUCGAUGCUUCACUCUACUUUUCCCAAGUAAGGCUAAUUGGUGGCUGUUCUGGAUCCUUGUCAUCCUUAAUGGUGUCGAUCUGAUCUUCUUCAUCAUUCUCGAUCUCAACGAUCCGACUGUCACCUCCCUAUCUGGUGGCCACCGCUUCCUCGCUGGUCUCUUCCAAGCUGCCUCAACGCGUACUGCAGGUUUCGCCGUUGUCAACAUUGCUGACCUGCACCCUGCAGUCCAAGUCAGUUAUCUCAUCAUGAUGUACAUAUCUAUCUUCCCCAUUGCCAUGUCCAUUCGCCAAUCCAACGUCUACGAGGAGAAGUCCCUGGGCGUUUGGGCUGCAGACGACGAAGACGAAGAGCAAUCCAGCUACCUCUCGCAUCAUUUGCGCCGCCAACUCUCAUUCGACUUGUGGUUCGUCUUCUUAGGUUUCUUCCUCAUCGCUAUCAUCGAAGGCCCGCGACUUGAGAACACGAACGAAUACGCGUUCAGUCUCUUCUCUGUCCUGUUCGAAAUCGUCUCGGCGUAUGGUACCGUAGGAUUGAGUCAAGGCUUCCCUGGAUUCAACACUUCCUUCUCGGGUCAGUUCAGGACACUGAGUAAACUCAUCAUCAUCGCCAUGCAAAUUCGUGGCCGCCAUCGUGGUCUUCCUUAUGCGCUUGAUCGUGCUAUCUUGCUCCCGUCGGAAACUCUACACCAGAAAGAGAAUGAAGAUGCGACGAGACGUGCACGACGUGCCAGCAAUGCUAUGGAUAUGGGAACCAGUAUGAGUAUGGAUGGUAUUACGCGGACGGGUACCGGACUCAGUCGUAAGAGUACCGCGAGUGGCGAGAGACCUCCACAAAGCAAACCCAAACAGCUGAAGCGCAUCAUCAGUGGUGCUUUUAGUGCAGGUCCGACGGGCCAGUUUAGGGAGAAGAGAACGUGA